UACUUCCUCCGCCCCCUCCUAAUGGAGUGAACCAUUCCCUGCUCUUCCUUCCUUCCUUCCCUCUCUCCUUCUCUUUCUCUUUCUGCCCCCCUUUUCCCUCUAUCUCUCCUUCUUCUCCAGACGUCCCUCCAGCUUGGCGUGUGUAUGUGCACUCACGGAGCGGGGGGCAGAAAAGUCUCUCUCGGUUGCUCGGAACUUGUUGGCAAUGCCUGGUAAGCAGCCGCAGCAGCCCCCCACAUUCCCCCAAGACACACUUUAAAAAUCGAGAAAGAAAGAAAGAAAGAAAGAAAGAAAGAAAGAAAGAAAGAAAGAAAGAAAGAAAGAAAGAAAGAAAGAAAGAAAGAAAAAUCUGCUGUCGCAAAUGGUUGUACUAAAUAUAGGAUGGGACUUAAGUUGAACGGCAGAUACAUUUCUCUCGUCCUUGCUGUGCAACUAGCGUACCUGGUGCAGGCAGUCAGAGCGGCGGGCAAGUGCGAUGCGGUUUUUAAAGGCUUCUCGGACUGUGUGCUCAAGAUGGGCCAUAACAUUGCCAACUACCCGCAAGAUCUGGACGACAAGAGAAAUCUCGAAACAAUCUGCCGAUACUGGGACGACUUCCAUGCCUGCACCCUUACAGCCCUCACGGAUUGCCACCAGGAAGGGGUGACAGACGUUUGGGAAAAACUGAAAGAGAAAUCCAAAAAGCUCGACUACGAAGGCAACUUGUUUGUCCUCUGCGGCAAAAACAAAGGGGCCGCCUCGUCCGUCGUAGCCUCCGCCUCCCCUUUGCUGCUGGUCGCUCUUUCCGCCGCGCUGGCCACGUGCUUCACCUUUUAGAACGUCCUCGGUGCGCCUGCGCAGAAGGAGAGGCGAGCGCGCACAGCCCAUCCGCACGACACGAUCGCCGCCUUUCUCCUCCGACACUGGCCCCCACCCCACCCGCCACCUCCCCGCCGCUUUCUUCUCUUUCUCUCCAGGAACUGGAUGUAUAGAGGAAAAGCCUCCCUCCCUCCCUUGGCUCGGGGGAGUGGCGUAAGGGGGAGACACAAAACUGUGGGGCAGUUCUGCGUGAUGCUAACCACCCACCAUCCAUCGUCAAGACAGGACUGUGCGGAAAAGAGAGAGAACGGGCGGCCACCGACCAUCAUCAACAGGCACCCUCGCCACCAUGGUCUCUCCUUCCCUCUCUCUUUUUCCCUCGGCCUCUUCCUUCUUCUUCUUUUUUUUGCGUUCUGAUGAUGAUUUGCCAAAAGGGUACCAAACGGUGAGCAACCAACAGCCAAAACCAGACCUCAGCUUUAUUCCUUUCUUGAAGACCAAGGUCAACUUGAGCCCUCUUAUUUUGUAUGUGUGUGUGCAAAAGAAAUCUCAGGAACGGCGUCCAGCCAUCACCGAAUACAAAUAAAAGCGUUAAUAGGUAAUAAAUAAGAGUAAUAAUGCUACUACUAAUAAUGAUGCUAUGAAUACUACUACUCACGGCGACACAAGAGGGGCUCUUCGGGGGGGGGUGAUAUCAACAGGAAGGAUGAGUUGAGCGGGGCAACUUAAAAGGAGAAGGAGAAAAACGGAAGUGGAUCUACUUGGGGUUGGCCACGUGCGCAAAGGAGCGUUCUAUGGUGAAUUAAUUCAGACGAUCAUCGUUCCAAGGAAACUUCUCAUGGCGUUUCCGUUUUCUUUGGGGUUUUUUUUUAAAUAAAAGACUUUUUUUCCUCGGCCAUUCCAUAUCAGAGACACAUGAUUCCUCUCUCCAAGGCAUGGCGGGGGAGGGACGAGAAGAAAGUAAGAAAGGACAAAUGGAAAGAAGGCCGAAGGGGAUGGGAAACUAAACAAGGAGAUUUAGCUAAAUGAUCGACCUAAUGAAUGCUGCUAAGUUUGCUGAGAGUUGAGCUUUACUUAACUGUCAAGGCAUCUUUUCAAAUUUCACUGCCUUUUUUUUUUUCUUUUCUUUCUUUUAAAAGAGGUUUCUCUCUCUCUUUCUCUCUCUCUUUUUUAGAUGUUCCACCAUUAUCGUAUGAUACCAGACUAUCCAACAGUAGAGAUCACAAGGGGGGAAAGGGAGGGGGCGUAUAUGUUAAUGUGAAAAAAAAAAUAAACACACAGCUUAAAGGUUUUUUUCCGGUGGGGAAGUAAUAAAAGAGCCUUGAUUUUAAAAGAAAAAAAAAUGUAAUUAAAGAAAGUUUAUUAUAAAGUCAAUUCAGCAAAAAAAAUUAUACAAGAUUUGCUACAAAGUAUAGAAAAAAGGUAUAAAAUAAAAUUAUUGUUUGAAAUGAGGAUGCAGUUUUAUUUCUAAGAUAUGUGAAUCUAUUUUAUUGUACCGAAUAUUAAUACAAAAAUUUAAAGGUGCUUUCUUCAAGUUAAUGGGCAAGUUAAUAUAUUGCGGAGAGACGGAAGUUUAAAUGGAAACUUGCGUGAGGUAGUCAAGAUUUUAUGCGGUGGUAAAUUGUUGGAACAAGUGAUGUAACUGAGAAUGUCGGAUUUACAAAUUUAAGUAAGAAGGAACUGAAGUCAAGCGCGCUGAAAUCAGUAAGAUAAAUUUUAAGGCUUUAAUUCUGGGUUUUCACUGAGUUGUCUGAGUAAGGCUGGAUGACGCUUUUCUUUGCUUUGGAAAUUGACGGCUGUUUGUAUAUGCAUACGUUUAAUAACUAUCAACUGACCUGAAAUAUAAUCAGUUUAAAUUAAGCGACACAAGCACUCCAAAAUAUUAUCUAAGGGGAAGAAUUGCUCUUAAAAGCGGCCUUCCCUCCCCUAGUUUGGAUCUCUUAACCAUGCUUCUGUGAAGGUAAAACGGUACAAUCCUUUAUCUGUCAUCUCGGAAUUAACUCGUGUUGAGUUCUGGCGGUAAGGAUUCAGAUCAGGGGGGCAGAGCUUCUUUGCAGCCUCCGUCCCUUUCACCCUAGAUGAGAGAAAGCGGUAGCGCUCAUUUCACAAAACUACGGGUACCGUCGGGGUACUUUCCCCCGCGAAACCGGGGCCUCAUAAAUUUUAAUAACUUCUGAUUAAACAUGUUUACUAGCCGCCUUGUUCCGCUAUUAAUACUGUAUUAAGGACGCACGGGAGAUCACAAUAGUACCCCAAAUGUCUUCUGACUAUUAGUCUUAUUGCAAGGUUCGGGGUAUUAGCUUUCCAAGGAAGCUAGAGGAUAGAUUUUUAAAAAAUGGAUCCUCUACAUCUCCUCCCCACUAUACUCUGUAUUUUGACACUUGUAACAGUGGCUUUUUUUUUGAGACUCUCUCUUAACCAGACAGAUACUGUACUUACUUCCCAAGACAUACCCACGUGUAGUAUGUAGCACUGGGGGGGGAGUGUCCGUCCCCCCCCCCCAGUUGCCCCCUAAACUGCCUUGGAGCAGACGUGCAGGUUGAUUUCUGCAAUUUCUACUUGAACCGGAUGUUUCGUGCCUCACGAGGCCAUGAAGCAGCCCCGCAAAGGUUCAAAUGCGAUCUUAAGAGGGGUGGGGAGGAUGAAGAGCCCCUUCCCCCGCCCAGCCAUGAACUGGCAGCUCUUCCCGAUGCUUUCACCUGGAAUCACUUCUCGCAGGAACGUGCGAACAGCAAAUGAGCCACGAAAGACCUAUUUUUAGUUUACAGCUCGGUUAAAUUUAGCUAGCUGGUAUCCUGAGAUCUGUCGGCAUCGCCUCCCGAGCACGAGUGGGGGAAGGCCAGAUCAUGAAAGGAUGGGGGAAACUUACCUAGCUAUUCCCCCCCCCCUUUUUGUCUAAGGCGCAGCCGUUUUCAUGCAGGGGAGAGCAAGGCGGCCCAUUAACAAUUUCUGCACAGAAAAGCUGAGCUGGCGAGUUCGUCCAUAAUUAAUAAAGCAUCCCAGUUCCCGCUGCAAUCAGGGCGGGGGGGGGAGGAAAAAAAGAAGCAGGCAGGCAGGCGGUAUCGAUCCGGCAGCACAAGCUGCUGUAACCUCUCCUAUUUAUAGCAUCUAGAUAGACGCAUCUCUAAAGGAGCAAACAUCAAAGAGUAAAUAACCCUCUCUUUUUUUACCUUCUCUUUUCGUAAGGGGGAGGGAAGCACCCUUUAUGAGAAAAACCUUUCAAUGCACAGAAAGGAGGAGCAUGUGCAUGCACACUUAUCUCACGCUGCUCUUCUAGUGGCGUGUUUGUUUUUCCUCGGAAAGGUGGGAGGGGGCGCCCGGCUCUGUGCGCGCGUGCGCCGUAGGGCUAGGUGCUGCAGAGGGGAAGGCCCGUUGCAUUCGCGAUGCCCCUCUUCAGAGUCCUGUGCAAUGCAAUGUGUAAGCAAGGGCCAGGCGUUAGCAGACCAUAAAUCAAACACAGGCGGCGGAGGGAGGGGGCAACCCCUCUGCAUGCCUCGGGGGAUUGAAAUCCCAGCAACAAAAUAGCAGCCUUGCUAGCGUUCGGGUUUGUUUGUUUGUUUAUUUUUAAAUACUUUAAUUCAUUUUUGGUUUUUUUUCCACUGACGGAGAAGCAGGUUGUCUGACCAAACCUCUAUGCCAGGAACACCCGGCAGAAACUGGGCAGCUUUUUGCUUCCACAGUUCGCAUCCCCCCUCCCCCCGCUUGCUGUGCCAAUACGGCUUUGUGUUGCUGGUGGCUUGCUUGCUUUUUGCCCCGCUGAGGGAGAAAAGUCGAAAGCACCGGCUUGUUGGUUGGUGUUGCCGGUUUGUUUUCCAUCCCGGUGGUCGGGGAAGGCGAGUCGGAGAAAGCAAACGGGGUGGGGGUGGGUGGCUUUUCCGCCGAGGCAGGUCAGUGGGAGGGAUUGACUUGCAAAAAAAAAUCAAGCUGCCGAGUCCAAACGCCACGGAAAUGGGGAAACGCGAUCCAGUCAUCAGAAAUUAUUUUGUAUGCACAAUAAUUUUAUAUGAACAAUUAUGCCAGCAAUAGUUCGACGUUGACAACGAAGCAGUAGACUUUAAUCCGCCAAACUUUAUGCCAUAAUAAAUAAAUGUGUUAAGUUUUUAAGGACA